UCCUGCCCAGCCAUACAUGUGGCACCCCGGGCGUCAUCCCCAAUGGAGUCAUUCAUGGCUCGCGGUACAACAUGGGGGACAAGAUCCGAUACAGCUGUGAGUCAGGUUUUGUAUUGGAAGGACACAGUAUCCUCACCUGUAUUGUAUCACCUGGCAGUGGAGCACAGUGGGACUUCCCUUCACCAUUUUGUAGAGCGGAGGGAGCGUGUGGCGGCACGUUACGAGGCACCGCAGGUUCCAUAACCAGUCCUGGGUUCCCUGCCGAGUAUGACAACAACCUGGACUGUACGUGGUCCAUCCUCUCCGAGCCCGGGGAUACUAUAGCGCUGGUCUUUAAUGACUUCUUAUUAGAGGACAAAUAUGACUUCCUGGAAAUCAGCGGGACAGAGGCACCAAGCAUAUGGCUGACUGGUACAACCCUGCCAUCACCAGUGAUCUCGAAUAAGAACUGGCUUCGGAUACAUUUCACCUCAGAUAGCAACCAUCGAAGGAAAGGAUUCAGCGCACAAUACCAAGGAACAAACCAGAUCAUGCAGAUGGAUGAGAAAAGCAGGAGGGAAUGA